AAGCCACGAGGAGGGAGUGGGCCGACUCUUGGGGGGCUACAGUUCUGCAGAAAGAGAGGAGCAGCAUGCACAGUCAGAGCAUGUGGAGAGCGGCUCUUCUGCUGGCGACCUUGUGCGUCACCCUAACGCUGGCCCAGUUCCCCCGGGAGUGCGUCACCCCCGUGGGCCUGCAGAGCGGCCAGUGCUGCCCAUCCCCCGCUGGGGUGGUGGUGGGGGACGAGUGUGGCUCCGACACGGGCCGGGGGCAGUGUGUGGCCAUCGCGGCAGACAACCGGCGCCACGGGCCCCAGUACCCUUACGCCGGGCGCGACGACCGAGAGAGGUGGCCGCUGAGAUUUUUCAACCGCACCUGCCAGUGCAACAGGAAUUUCAGUGGCUAUAACUGCGGGCAGUGUCGACACGGGCUGACUGGACCAGACUGUGAUCAGAGGAUCUCUGUGGUCAGGAGGAAUAUCAUGCAGAUGAGCACAGCAGAGAAGAAGGCGUUUGUGAACGCUUUGGACCGAGCUAAGUGGACGGUCCACCCCGAUCUGGUUGUCUGCACACGCCGGUACCAGGAGGUGUUUGGGCCCGAUGGCAACACCCCGCAGUUUGAGAACAUCACCAUUUACAACUACUUUGUCUGGAGCCACUAUUACUCUGUCAGUAAAACAUACUUGGGGGCGGGCCAGAGCAGCUUCGGAGGCGUCGACUUCUCCCACGAGGGCCCAGGUUUUGUCACCUGGCACCGAUUUCAUCUGCUGCAACUGGAGCGAGACAUGCAGGACAUGCUAGGCAACCCAACCUUCGCCCUGCCUUACUGGAACUUUGCCAUCGGAGGCAGCGAGUGCGACAUCUGCACCGACGAGCUGCUCGGAGCCAGGAGCUCCUUCGACAUCAGCUCCAUCAGCUCCAACUCCGUGUUCUCCCACUGGAGGAUCAUCUGUGAGAGCGUGGAAGACUACGACUCUUUGGGCACCGUGUGCAACAGCACAGAGACCAGCCCCAUCAGGAGGAACCCAGCGGGCAACGUGGAACGCCCCAUGGUGCAGCGGUUGCCGGAGCCCCAGGAUGUGUUGGACUGUCUGGAGCUCAACGCCUUCGACACGCCACCGUACUACUCCACCUCCUCCGGGAGCUUCAGGAACACCAUUGAAGGCUACAGCUCCCCCCAGGGGACGUACGACCCAGUGGUCCGCAGCCUCCACAACCUAGCCCACCUCUUCCUUAACGGGACCGGCGGACAGACUCACCUCUCGCCCAACGAUCCCAUCUUUGUCCUGCUGCACACGUUCACCGAUGCGAUCUUCGACGAGUGGCUCGGCAGACAUCAACCAGGCGAAGUGGUGUACCCCGAGGAGAACGCUCCAAUCGGGCACAACCGAAGAUUCAACAUGGUUCCCUUCUGGCCACCCGUCACCAACGCCGAGAUGUUCGUCUCUGCCCCAGAAAACCUGGGAUACUCCUAUGAGGUCCAAUGGCCAGCACGUGCCUACACCCUGUCUGAGAUCAUCACCAUAGCCAUCGUAGCGGCUGUGCUGGUCGUGAUGGUGGUGGGCGGCGUCAUCGCCUGUGCCGUGCGCGUCCGCUCCGACCGCUCGGCCGAGGCCCUGGAGCCGCUGCUGGGAGAGACGUUCCGGCGCUACUCGGAAGACGACCGGAGGCUGGGCAAAUCUCAGUCCGUUGUCUAAAUCCACGCCUCUUCCCGAGAGGCCUUAACAUUUGCACGCAUUCGAUUUUUCUUUACUUACUUCUUCUAAUAAAGUCGAGCUGGUUUUGAACCCAU